AUGAGGCUCUCCUUGUCAGGCGGCCGCUCCGGCGAGCGGGCGACGGGGGCCGGCGGGGAGCGCGGGCCGGGGGGCGAGGGGGGCUUCUGCGGCGGCACCUGGCCCUCCAUGGCGGCGCCGGCUAGGGCGAAGCGGAACGCGCGCGCCACGUCAGACGCGCUAUCCGAACGCUUGGCCACCUGGCUCGCGACCAGGUCGAGGCCCGAGUGGAACGAGGGCGACUUUGGUAUGCCGAGGGGCGAGACGGCGCGGCGCGGCUUUGCCUCAGCGGCGGCGAACAUCGCUCGCGCGGCCUGCCCGGCGUGGACCAUCGCACGCGGCGGCCGGCAGCGGCAUCCGAGCGGGAGCCGGCGGCGCCGGGACCGGUGCGAGCUGCGGGGGCGGCCGGACUGCCGCGCGACGCCGCCCGACGGCAUGCGCGCGCACCACCACACCCCCCCUCGGCCGCACCCCGCGCACCUCUCCGCCGUGGCCCAUACGCCCCGCGCACGCAAUCUCUCCGUACAACCACCACCCCCCCGUAGGGCUGCCACCGGAUUUACGUAUCCGCGGCGCUCGUUCGUGCGACGUCGCGUAGCGGAAAUAAAUUCGCCGUCUGCCGCACGAGCUUUUAUCAACGAUCUCGACGCGGAGAGAAGCGGUACAACGUGGGUAAGAUAUACGUGGGAUGUU